ACCCAAUCUUCUAAAAAGAAUAAAAACUUUUAUCCAACCACAACGGGAACUGAUCUUCCCUCCCUCGUUCAUGGCGAUAACAACCGUAUGCGCAUCUACUCCAGCUUCUCCACCAACCAUUUCUCCCUCUUCUAUCAAAACCCAUCAACAGCAACAGCUUCUUCAACAUUUAGCAUCACUAACUCCAUCUUCUCCUUGUAAGUUUCAUUCCGUUUUGAUUGCCAACGAUGCAGUGUCGACCAUAGCUGCUGCAGCAGAGGCACUGGCGUUGGCAAGAGCCGCAGCGGAAGCGGCGAGGGAGGCUGUGGCAUUGGCUUCUGCUGGGGUCGGAGAAGGGUAUUGCUGGUCUGAUUGGGAAGAGAGAAGUGGGAGUGGUUGUGGGUUGGGGAAGAGAAGGAAGAAGAGGAGGAAGAGGAGAAGGGGGAAAGAGAUUCAUGAACUUUCGGAACGGGAGGAUUCGAACAAUGUUGGAGAGGAAAAGGUUUCUAUUGGGUCUGUUAAAUCUGGGUUUUUGAGCUCAAGAGAGGAGGCAGAACUUUGCAUGUGCAUCAAGGACGGAGCGAGGGUAGAAGCAGCCAGGAGAUUACUUGAGGAUGCGCAAGAACAUCAGCAAACCACAAAGUGGCUGGCCAAUGGCAUAAAUAUAAAGGGAAGUGUAGAUAAAGUUUUGUGGAGAACAAGAGAGGCACGAGAAAGGAUCACAAGGAGCUACCGAGGGCUUGUUGUUUCCAUUGCUACUGGUUAUCAAGGCAAAGGAUUAAGCCUCCAAGACCUCAUUCAGGAAGGGAGCAUAGGGCUUCUUCGAGGGGCAGAGAAGUUUGAUGUAGAGAGAGGAUAUAAGCUAUCAACUUAUGUUUACUGGUGGAUCAAACAGGCUAUCAUAAAGGCCUUAACAAAUAAUUCUAGGAUGGUUAGAUUACCGGGAAUCAUGUCAAGAAGGCUGGCGAAAAUCGCUGAAGCUACGAAUGUAUUGAACAAAAAAUUAGGACGGAUGCCUACCUGUGAUGAGAUUGCAGAAGAGCUUAGCUUGCAAGUUUCAACAGUGAGGCUUGUUUUCAAGAGAGGCAGACCACCCAUUUCACUGGAUCAAGCUAUUACUGAUCGCGGUCACAUAACACUCCAGGAGAUCAUACAAGGGCCCGAGGAAACAACACCGGAAUACACCAUAGAAAGACAUAAUAUGAAGCUCGAGAUGGAUAAGUUGCUCGAAUCCCUUAGUGAAAGAGAAUCCCACAUACUAAGAUUACAUUUUGGACUUGAUGGAAAAACGCCAAGGUCUUUUGAGGAGAUAGGGAGGGUGUUGAAACUCUCAAGAGAGAGGGUUCGACAGAUCAAUGGCAUUGCUUUAAUGAAGAUAAAACAAAGGAGUUAUGUGGAUGACAUGAAAGUAUAUAUUGUUUAAACUAUUAUAUCGAACUGAGUUGAAGGAUAAUAAAGAGGGUUCCAAUAGUUGUAUAUAA